ACCCUCGAAAUCCCAUUCCUCCAUUCCACAUCAAGCCCACGAGCUCAUCCUCCAUUUCUAAAUUCAAAUCAAGGUUGUAGAUCAGAUCAAGAUCAAUGGCCCGCACGAAGCAGACUGCUAGGAAAUCGACGGGAGGGAAGGCGCCGCGCAAGCAGCUGGCGACCAAGGCGGCCAGGAAAUCCGCCCCGGCGACGGGAGGGGUGAAGAAGCCGCACAGGUUCAGGCCUGGGACGGUGGCGCUGAGGGAGAUUAGGAAGUACCAGAAGAGCACGGAGCUGCUGAUAAGGAAGCUGCCGUUCCAGAGGCUGGUGAGGGAAAUUGCUCAGGACUUCAAGACCGAUCUCCGGUUCCAGAGCAGUGCUGUGGCUGCUCUCCAGGAAGCGUCUGAAGCUUAUCUGGUGGGUCUUUUCGAGGACACCAAUCUCUGCGCUAUCCAUGCCAAGAGGGUUACCAUCAUGCCCAAGGACAUCCAGCUCGCUCGUCGGAUCCGUGGUGAGAGGGCUUAGAUCUCUCUCUAUCUCCACCGUAUGUUUUAGGGUUUUCUUUUUCGGUUUCUGUUUUCAGAUGCGGAUGUAAAUGCCUUUCUUGCUUUUUAGAUGAUUGCAAUUGGAAUGGGAAAUGUAUGUGCUUGGUUUU